UUUCAAGGACAGAUAUUGGUAAUAUUUUAAAUGAGCUUUUAGUAACCAUGAUAAAAAGAGACUCCCAGUGUAACUUACUUUUCAAAAUUAUUCUGAUAGGAGAUUCGGGUGUAGGCAAAACAAAUUUACGUUCACGGUUCACCAACGAUGAAUUCAACCUGGAAAGCAAGAGCACAAUCGGCGUUGAUUUCGCCACAAAGAAUGUCACCAUUGACGGUAGGACUGUGAAAGCACAAAUAUGGGAUACCGCUGGUCAGGAAAGAUAUCGUGCUAUAACUUCUGCCUAUUAUCGUGGUGCUGUCGGUGCACUAUUAGUUUAUGAUAUCUCAAAACCGCACACGUUUUUAAACUUGGAUAGAUGGUUAGAAGAGUUGAGAGAAUAUGCUUCAGAGGAUAUUGUCAUUAUACUUGUCGGCAAUAAAUGUGAUUUAAAACACUUACGAUGUAUACUAACUGAAGAUGCACAACGAUUUGCUGAACAACAAGGUAUGUUAUUUAUUGAGACCUCGGCGUUGGAUUCUGUCAAUGUUGAAGAGGCAUUUUAUCAAACACUUAAAACUAUUUACAAUGUGGUCAGUAGUCAUCCAUCCUUUAAUGAACAAGAGGCGAGUAUUUCACCAACCAAUAAUCUUCCCAUUGAAAAACCAACUGUAAAGGAACCAGAAAAAAGGAAAUUCUGUUGUAUGUAAAUAGAAUGAAAAACAAUAUCUUCCUAUUUUUAAAAAUUCAAAAAACAACAAUGUACUUUUCCAAGUUUUCAAAACCUUCUGUGAUAUAUAUAAACACACAGUGUUCAAUGUCCAAUUAUUAUCAAUCGACAGAUUACAUGAAUCAGCCAGUCACUGAUAAGACACAAAGAUUAUUUACAUUCUCACUGUGAAUAUAUUCCUUUAUGCAUUAUUUUAGUAAGAUUAUUUACAGUGGAAUAUAGAAAAACAACCAUUACUACAACAAAAACAACAGUUGAGAUUAUAUUUCUUACAGUGAACAAUUUAUUUAUUAGCUGUCAUAAUUAUUUAUCAUUACUGAAACUUUUGUAUUCCUCGUGUGUAUGUGUGUGUGCGUGUGUUUUUUACGUGCAUGUCUGUGAAUAUUUCUUCAUACAUGGAUUCAUCUACCCGCUUGUUUUGGUCGUGACAAUACCACAGCAGAGUACAAUGCAUAUCAUUUUUUAAAUGUAUACAUCGCAACAUACAUACAUAUAUAUACUUUGUACACAAACGUAGUAAACUAAUUUACAUUUCCUUUUUAUACUCAUUAUUUUCUUUACAAAAAUCCUAUAGUAAUCAAUAAUACUAUG